AUGAACACUUUUUUUUUAAGUAGAUUUAGAGGGGGCACCUUUUUUUUACAAAAGUAUGAAAAAAUAUUAAACCCAGCUAAAGGGUAUCAUACAUAUAAUUAUAUUUUUCAAAAUAAUAAAAAUAUAAUAAACUAUAAAAAAAAUAAAAAUUUGUUUUUAUGUGAAAAAAGAAAUUUCUAUACUAGUAAUGAUGGAAAAAAAUAUACAAAAAAGUUUUGGAACCAUUUAGGUUUUGUAAUUAUACCUCAACAAACAGCAUAUAUAGUAGAAAGGUUAGGAAAAUAUAAUAAAACAUUAUUAGCAGGUAUUCAUUUUUUAAUACCUUUUAUAGAUAAAAUAGCUUAUGUUUUUUCAUUAAAAGAAGAAACUAUUACAAUUCCAAAUCAAACAGCUAUUACAAAAGAUAAUGUUACUUUAAAUAUUGAUGGAGUAUUAUAUAUAAAAUGUGACAAUCCAUAUAAUUCUUCUUAUGCUAUUGAAGAUGCUGUUUUUGCAGUAACUCAAUUAGCGCAAGUUACUAUGAGAUCGGAAUUAGGUAAAUUAACCCUUGAUGCAACAUUUUUAGAAAGAGAUAACUUAAACGAAAAACUUGUUAAGGCUAUAAAUGAAUCAGCAAAAAACUGGGGAAUAAAAUGUAUGAGAUAUGAAAUUCGUGAUAUUAUCUUACCUGUGAAUAUAAAAAAUGCUAUGGAAAAACAAGCUGAAGCAGAAAGAAGAAAAAGAGCUGAAAUUUUACAAAGUGAAGGAGAAAGAGAAAGUGAAAUUAAUAUAGCAAUUGGAAAAAAAAGGAAAUCGAUAUUAAUAGCAGAAGGACAAUCUUUUGCUAUCAAAGCUAAAGCUGAUGCUACAGCUGAAGCUAUAGAAAUUAUUUCAAAUAAAAUAAAAAAACUAGAUUCAAAUAAUGCUAUUUCUUUACUGGUUGCUGAACAAUAUAUUGAUGUUUUCUCAAAUAUAUGUAAAAAUAAUAACACUGUUAUUAUACCAGCAGAUCUAAAUAAUAUCAGUAGCCUUAUUUCACAAUCAUUGUCUAUUUAUAAUAAUAUUCAAAAUGCAAAAAAGGAAAAUAAUCAAAUUCAUACUUUGCCAAUUCAAAAACAAAUCCAUUCUGAUAUGAACAACUAA